CAAUGAGAAGACUUGAGUAGAAUUUCACCAUGGAGAUGAAAUCCAUAGUCAUCAGUGUGGAGGGAAUGACAUGCAAUUCCUGUGUCCAAACUAUCGAGCAGCAUGUUGGGAAGAUGAAUGGUAUCCAUAAUGUUAAAGUGUCUCUAGAAGAUAAGAAUGCAGUCGUCAUCUAUGACUCAAAGCUGCAGACUCCAGCAACGCUGCAGGAAGCAAUAUAUGACAUGGGAUUUGAUGCUACAGUACCCGAUCCAAAAGCACAACCUGUUUUACCUGACACUAUUUUCCUUACUAUUCCUACUCAGUCAGCUCUAACCUCUAAACAGAUUUGUAAUACGCUACUACAGAAAAAAGGUAUCGUGGAUGUUAAAAUGUCUUCCAAUCAAAAAACUGCAGUGGUGACUUUCAUUCCUUCCAUUAUAAAUGGCAAGCAGAUUACCCAAAUGGUCCCAGGAGUAGAUUUGAGUAUCUCCGCACCAGAGGUAACCCCAGGAGUUAAUGAGGAUUCCAGCUGCUCUCAAGCGAGCAGUGUUGUACUGCGCCUGAAAGUAGAGGGGAUGACCUGUCAUUCCUGCACCAGCACCAUUGAGGGCAAGAUCAUCAAAUUGCAAGGAAUUCAGCGGAUUAAAGUGUCGCUGGACAAUCAGGAAGCUGUUGUUGUCUACCAGCCUCAUCUGAUUACAGCAGAAGAAAUCAAACGCCAGAUUGAAGCUGUGGGUUUCACAGCGACUCUCAAAAAACAGCCUAGACCCCUCAAGCUUGGUGCUGUUGACCUGGAGAGGUUGAGGAACGCUCAGACCAAAGGCUCCGAGAUGGCAUUGAAAGAAAACUCAAAUGUGAAUGAUACAAAGACAGUUGUCUUCAGAAUUGAUGGCAUGCACUGCAAUUCAUGCGUCCUCAAUAUUCAGAGUACCAUAUCAGCACUCCCAUCAGUAAGAAGUGUAGUUGUUUCAUUAGAGAAGAAAUCUGCUAUUGUAAGCUAUAACCCAAACUUAAUUAACAGAGAUGUGCUGAGAAAAGCCAUUGAGGCAGUGUCUCCAGAGACAUUUAAAGUCAGCCUUCCUGAUGACUGUGAAAAUGUAGCACUUUUCCCCACAUUGAUGUCUCCACUGAAGUCUUCUCGUCCAGCUCUGAAGGAUGCUAGCCAGCCACUUACUCAAGUUGUUGUGAUAAAUAUUGAGGGAAUGACUUGUAAUUCUUGUGUGCAGUCCAUUGAGGGAGUCAUAUCCCAAAAGGCAGGUGUAAAAUCUGUUCACGUCUCUCUCUCAAAUCGUAAUGGGACUAUAGAAUACGACCCUCUGCAAACAUGCCCAGAAGACUUGCGAUCCUCAAUAGAGGAGAUGGGAUUCGAUGCAUCUUUAUCAGCAAGGACAGAACUACCUGUGGCAAUAGCUCAGCCCUCACCCGAAGUGCAGCUGGAAUCACACAAAACCGAGCCUCUCUCCAAAGUGUCGCCAGCCCACCUUGCUAGGCAAGAAACAAAGAAUAUAUCGAAAUGCUACGUCCAAGUCACGGGAAUGACGUGUGCUUCGUGUGUGGCCAAUAUUGAGAGAAACCUGAGAAGAGAAGACGGAAUACAUUCGAUACUGGUCGCCCUAAUGGCAGGAAAGGCAGAAGUGAGGUAUAAUCCUGCCGUCAUACACCCUUCAACUAUUGCAGAGCUCAUACGGGAACUGGGAUUUGGAGCUACUGUCAUGGAAAACUGUGGAGAAGGAGAUGGAAUCCUGGAACUUGUUGUGAGAGGAAUGACUUGUGCUUCUUGUGUGCACAAAAUAGAAUCCACCCUCAUGAAGACGAAUGGUGUUUUAUACUGCUCAGUAGCUCUUGCAACCAACAAAGCACACGUUAAAUAUGAUCCUGAGGUUAUAGGUCCUCGAGAUGUUAUACAAGUGAUAAAGGAUUUAGGUUUCAAUACUUCAUUAGUCAAAAAAGAUCGCUCUGCUAGUCAUCUGGAUCACAAGCAAGAAAUAAGGCAGUGGAAAAGGUCUUUUGUUGUGAGUCUCGUUUUCUGCAUUCCUGUCAUGGGGCUGAUGAUUUACAUGAUGGUUAUGGACCAUCAGCUUGCAGAUGCUCGUGCGCAUCACAACAUGACCAGUGAGGAAAUGGAGGCCCUUCACUCCUCAAUGGUCCUGGAAUACCAGCUCCUGCCAGGAUUGUCUGUUAUGAAUUUUCUGUCAUUUUUACUCUGCGUCCCUGUACAGAUGUUUGGAGGCUGGCACUUCUACAUACAGGCGUACAAAGCGCUGAAGCACAAAACUGCCAAUAUGGACGUGCUCAUUGUUUUGGCAACCUCCAUUGCAUUCCUUUACUCAUUUGUUAUUCUUCUAGUUGCAAUGUCUGAGAGAGCAAAAGUAAACCCCGUAACUUUCUUUGACACACCUCCGAUGCUGUUUGUGUUCAUCUCCUUGGGCCGUUGGCUUGAGCAUGUUGCAAAGGGUAAAACAUCAGAAGCGCUGGCAAGACUAAUUUCAUUACAAGCUACCGAAGCUACAAUUGUUACCUUGGGCCCUGAUAACAUUCUUUUAAGUGAAGAGCAAGUUGAUGUCGAACUGGUUCAACGAGGUGACAUUGUCAAAGUGGUCCCAGGAGGCAAAUUCCCAGUGGAUGGUCGUGUUAUUGAAGGCCACUCCAUGGUAGACGAAUCGCUUAUCACGGGUGAAGCAAUGCCCGUGACUAAAAAACCUGGCAAUACAGUUAUUGCAGGUUCUAUUAAUCAGAAUGGAUCACUGCUGAUUUCGGCAACUCAUGUUGGAGCUGAUACAACUCUUUCCCAAAUAGUUAAACUUGUGGAAGAGGCCCAGACCUCAAAGGCUCCUAUCCAGCAAUUUGCAGACAAACUUAGUGGCUACUUUGUUCCUUGUAUUGUGGCUGUCUCUGUGGUUACCCUUUUUGCCUGGAUUAUAAUUGGAUUUGUGGAUUUUGAAAUAAUAGAAAAAUAUUUUCUGGGUUACAAUAAGAGCAUCUCCGAAGCCGAAGUGAUCAUCCGCUUUGCUUUCCAAGCCUCUAUAACAGUCUUGUGUAUUGCUUGCCCCUGUUCUCUGGGAUUAGCCACCCCGACAGCUGUGAUGGUGGGUACUGGAGUAGGAGCUCAGAACGGCAUCCUGAUCAAAGGAGGAGAGCCGUUAGAGAUGGCUCAUAAGGUAAAGGUGGUUGUAUUUGACAAAACAGGUACUAUUACUCAUGGGACUCCAGAAGUGAUGCAGGUGAAGUUUCUAGUGGAGAGUAACCAGCUACCACGUAAUAAAAUGCUGGCGAUAGUGGGAACUGCAGAGAGUAACAGUGAGCAUCCUCUGGGAGUGGCAAUAACAAAAUACUGCAAAAAGGAACUGGACUCGGAAACCCUUGGGACAUGUACAGAUUUUCAGGUAGUUCCGGGCUGCGGCAUUAGUUGUAAAGUCACCAAUAUUGAAGCAUUGCUCUACAGGAAAAAUAAAAUGGUUGAGGAAAACAAUAUUAAAAAUGUGACACUUGUGAAAAUUGAGGAAAAUACAAAUGAAUCAGUGCAACCUGCUUUGAUUAUUGAUGCCGAACUACCAACUACUCUGACUUCUCAAAAAUACUCUGUUCUCAUUGGAAAUCGGGAGUGGAUGAAUAGGAAUGGCCUCCUUGUUAAAAAUGAAGUUGAUAGAGCCAUGAUGGAGCAUGAGCGGAGAGGUCGCACAGCAGUUCUAGCAGCUGUCGAUGGAGUGCUUUGUGGCUUGAUAGCUAUUGCUGAUACUGUGAAGCCAGAAGCUGAGCUGGCAGUCUACACUUUGAAGAGUAUGGGAUUAGAAGUUGUCCUAAUGACUGGUGACAACAGCAAAACUGCACGAUCUAUAGCCUCUCAGGUUGGCAUCACCAAAGUGUUCGCAGAGGUACUUCCCUCCCACAAAGUAGCCAAAGUGAAACAAUUACAAGAUGAAGGAAAACGGGUGGCCAUGGUUGGAGAUGGUAUCAAUGACUCCCCAGCUCUUGCAAUGGCCAAUGUGGGAAUUGCUAUUGGCACGGGUACUGAUGUAGCCAUUGAGGCAGCUGAUGUGGUUCUAAUUAAGGAUGACCUGAUGGACGUGGUAGCAAGUAUAGAUUUAUCAAGGAAAACUGUGAAGAGGAUCCGGAUCAACUUUGUCUUUGCUCUGAUUUAUAAUCUCAUUGGAGUUCCCAUAGCUGCUGGUGUCUUCCUGCCCAUUGGUUUGGUUUUGCAGCCCUGGAUGGGAUCUGCAGCAAUGGCUGCCUCCUCUGUUUCUGUUGUCGUUUCUUCUUUGCUGUUAAAGAUGUACCAGAAACCAAGUUCUGAGAAACUCAGGUUCCAGGCCUGCGACCCAAUGAGGCACAAGAGCCCGUCGGAAAUCAGUGUCCACAUUGGAAUUGAUGAGACUGGGACAGGCUCUCCUAAACUGAGCUUAAUGGAUCGAAUCAUCAAUUACAGCAGAGCCUCUAUAAAUUCUCUCUUUUCAGACAAGCGUUCAGUGAACAGCAUAGUUCUUAAUGAACCAGACAAGCAUUCGCUUUUAGUGGGAGAUUUUGGAGAAGAUGAUGAUACGGCGUUAUGAAAGACUUGCUCCUUUCCUCCAGCCUGGCUAAGCGGAACUCAAAAACCCGAAUCAAAAUGAAAAAACAACCAAAACAGCUAUCUGGAAGUCUGUGCAUGUGCUCAUCAUUUCCGAAGGUCUUUUCAGACUUAUUUCUUCUUUAAUGUAGAAAGCUGGAAUUUUGCUGUGACGUUCCAGGGUCUGUCCUUCGGGGGUUUUUAACUAGGUGUACCAAAUGGAAUGGCACAGGGGCUGUUAAUGCUUGCAGGUAGGGCUGUGUUACUGUUCGGGUUUGACCAGAGCUAAACCCUGACAGUUCCCGUUCCAUGAAGCUCGCAGAAUAGCCUUUUUUGGCGAAACGUCAAAAUACAAUUAAGGAAAUUAAGGAACCAGAAACUUAUUUCACGGUCUUAUUGUUGAAGAUAUCCCUGCAGGGGGAUUGGACUGGGUGAUCCGUAGAGGUCCCUUCCAACCCAGACUAUUCUGUAUCAGUCUACUUCAUGCGUAGUCAAGUUUAGUACUGUGUUAAAAACUUAUAAAUUGCCGCAUCUGCAAAAUACUGGAGAUUCUGUGUUUGCAGAUCAAUGUGCCUUACUUUGAAACUUCCAGGAUCCCUCUUGUUCCCAUAGCCUGCCUUCUACCAGAAAUGGUUCUUCUAAAAUGCCUUUUCUUUUUAAAAACAUUUGCUUCCAGCUUUUCACACUCUGAGGUUCAAAUCAUCUCACUGUUGGCGAUCUGGAUUCCUGCAGGACAGAGAACAGAGAGGUUUUGGGUUUGCUUUCAAACGUUGUACCCACACUUAACUCUAUGUUUCCGUCCCCCUCUACACUCCAGCUAAUCUGCUUGAGCUUUGAGUGGGUUGAAAGUUUGCCCAUUCCUAACCUCUCUUCAACCAAAAACUCUCGCAACAUCUGAAUACAACACAAGUGUGAUGUGGUAAGAGCCAAAAUGUUUAGCUUUUAAGAAGGCAGUGGCCUUCUGGCACUCCUUAAAUGAAUUCAAAUAGUUUGGACUGGUGUCAUGCGGACGACCUUUAAAACCUUCACCGUGCAGUCUUUGCAGAUAUCUGACGCCAUCGCAGACUGUAUCGUGUGUCACAUACUGCACUAACAUUAGCUGCUUGUUAAGAAAGGUGUCUGUGUACCAGGAAUGGUCCAGAAUCCACUCCAUAGAUUGAUCCAAACCUCCUUUGCUUGAGAUGUUCAGUUACAGCUCUCUGAGUUAAGACAAUCUGCAUCUCUUACUGAACUAAAAUAUCAAAACGCCGGUUUUGAUCAUGAGAUCAUGAAUAUUAGAAAUAUUCUAAAUGAGAAAUAAAGGUAUUCAUCACCAAGUAGCCAUCUGUUUGUUACUUAAUAAGUUGUGUUCUGUAGCUCCUCUGCUGCGACAGCGAGCUGAAGCAAUUACUAGGUGUGAUAAUGUUGAAUUACAGUAUGAAGUACAGUCCAUUGUGUAAAUGUAAUUCCAGCGAGUGCUUGUGGAGGAGAAAUAUUCAGUUCGGAGUAUGAUAAAGAGAUCUCUGUAAUUGUUCUAGUUUUUAGCUUGAAGUCUGAUGUCAGUGCAUAGCCUGUGUGUGUAAAAAGCUUUUGCAUUUUAUCUGAGAGCUACCAGAAAAAUACCAGUGUAUGAAAAGAGAAGAGCUGUGCUACAGAAUGUGUUGUUGGUAAAUAGGUGU